CUCCUGACUCGGAAACCCAUACAUGUAUGGGUUCCCUCCUGACUCGAGUGAUAAUCCUUCAAUCUCCACUUCACCAUGGCCAGGAUGCAAGCUUAAGCAAUCAACAUCUCGGCCCAAGUUUUAGAAACAUGCAAAAAUCACAUCGUCGCUCUACCAAGGUUUGCACGCGAUGCAGACGGCGCAAGACAAAAUGUGAUUUCAAGUUUCCACAAUGCACCUCGUGCAAGUUGGCCGACACACCAUGCCUGGGGUUCGACCCCGCAACACGAAAGCCCGUCCCAAGAAGGUCCGACUUCCUCUGCCCUGCCCUUGCUUUAACUCGGCGAUAAACCCCUCAACUGACACUUGAACAGUCUGGUAAAGUCCCUCGAGGCUCGUGUGGCCGAGCUUGAGGCCCAAGUGCUUGCUCUUCCAACAGGGCCUCAGCACCUCCCUUCCUCGAUGGCCUCCAAAGUUGCACAAGCGACCAUAUCUUUUGGUGUACCUAGCUCUGGCUCGUAUCUCCAAUCCAAGAUCUCAACGACCUUGUUUCUUCGCCCAUCAUGCCCCCCACUGGCUGUCUCUGCUGCCGCCCAGAACCCAGGUCCAGAGACAGACUCUCUUGAAGAGGGCAACUCAGACGCUGGUGGACAACAUCCGCCACAGUCCGAGAGACCCUACACAAGCAAUUUGAUUGACCUCAAGAGCAUCCCAUACUGGGCUCUCGAGCGUAUGGUACGUAACUAUGCAGGCACACAUCUCCCUCAGUAUCCCUGCAUUUCCGAGGCUAUGCUGCAGAGUAUCGUCGAGCGAACACAGAACGAAGGCCUCGAAGACUCAGCUGAGCCAUCAGUAUAUGGGCCUUCUGUUGAUUCAGGUCUCGGCCCUUUCGAGUACUUCAUCCUCUUCAUUGUCCUGGCCAUCUCCGCACUCACCAUGACCUGGAAAGAUGAGCAACAAGCUCGAACCACGUCCGAGUCAUUCUAUAAGUCCGCCUUGAAGCACUUACAAGUGCUGGAAGAUCCCAGCGAAAUCAAGGCUCUUCAAAUAUCUCUGCUCUUGGCUCACUUUGCCCACAUGUGCCCGGAGCGGGUGGAUAACUGGACAUGCAUCGCGAAUGCUAUCCGAAUUGUCCUGGCCUUGGGAUUACAUCGUGAGUUUCCACAAGGAAUGGACCCCGAGCAAGCACGGCUACGGUCUGAGCUAUUUUGGGUUGCGUACGGGAUGGAAAGAUCCUUGUGCGCGAAUCUUCGUCUCCCUUUGUCCUUUCCCGAAGAGGCCAUUACCACAAAACUCAAAGACCCUUCGCCCGACGAAUCCAACGCCUCGUUCACCACAGAUGAUAUUAGGAAAAAGUCGUCCGCAAAUCAUAUCUGUCGGUACCGAUCCUUGGAAACUGAAGUUCAUCGAGUGCUUUAUCUCAAAGAAGACCUCGCCCUAAAUGGCGUCCCCAUAGGAGACUGGAUCACGGAUAUUACUGGCCAAUUGGAGGGCUGGUACGCUGAAGCCCAGACCUACACGCAAUACAACAUGCUUGAGUUCAAGCAUGUGCAGUUCUACCACCUCCGGCUGCGGAUUCAUCGACCCACGCCGACACUAAGCAUCAGGCAUCCCGAUGACUGGGCUAACUCGGGGGGCUGCCAGCGGUUGAUUGAAGAUUACCUAUCCCAAGAACGCCGCAGAAGACUCUUCUACCCCUGGCACGGCACGCACAUCCUGUUUGAAACAGCUCUCGUUGCUCUCGACGCCUCGUGGUCCGCGCGUGACUACCAGCCGCUAAGGGAGCAGGCCGAGCGCAUGGUGCAGACCCUGAUCCCUCAAUGCCUGCAAAUACUCACCAACAUCGGCCAGCGAUGGAGCGAGGCGACCAGAUGCGCCAACAAGCUGAGGCCCAUGGUCGAGAAAGUGUCGUCUGCCUUUGCCUGGGCGGCUCAAGUGUCUGUGUUUGAAGCGGUGGCAAUAGCAGACGAGAUUGAGACUCUGCUCUUCUCUGACAAGAGUCUCUCGUGGAACAGGGCCGCGAUGGGAGACAUCAACUUUGGAUUUGAGGAUGGGAACCUCUUCUUUGAUAACUUGCUUGUUGAUGAUCUGGAGACAUUUCAAUGGGCCCCGGAAUGGGAUCUUCUUUCUGGGGAAAUGUUGUAG